ACAAAUUAUAAACUAGUAGGGAAAUAAUGGUUACUUGUCGGGCAUGUCUUGAAACCAAUAAAGAAAUGAGAACUUUUGAUGAGCCAUUUGCUAUUCAGUAUAAUUUACUAACCGAACUUGAGAUAUGUGUAGGUGAUAAAAUGUCGCAGCUAAUCUGCUGCGAUUGUUGGGAAACAGUAAAUUAUUUUAUUGAUUUUAGGACCAGGUGUAUUACCUCAGAAUCUGUUAUGAGAAAUGCAAUAUUGAACAUAGUAAAAGAUGAACCUGAUAGUACAAUAACUACUGAAAACUGUUUAUAUAUUGAAGUAAAAUCUGAACUUAAGGAAGAAUCAAUGGAUUCUGCUGCCUUUAACAAUAUUUAUGACAAUGAUAACUUUGAGACUAGUGAAAAAUUUGAAUUACCAUUGUUUUCUAUAUCAAAUGUUACCUCAGAAGCAACUAAAACAAAGAGAAUCUUAAAAAAGAAAAAAAUUAAACAACCUGUUAAAUUUGAAAAUGAAGAAAGAAAAAAUGAAACUGAUAACUAA